UCGUGACAACAGUAACCCAGGAGACAAGGAACAGGCGGCCAUGGCUAACGACGAUGCUUCUAGAAUGCUCAUGCAGUCCACAGAGGUCAAAGAAGACCACCACAACUUAAAAGAUGCCAGAGAGGAGCAGAGGACAGCAGCCUUACAAGGGUUGGAGAGCGCCUCUGUUCCCCUACUGACAACCAACCAGAUGGAGGCACCGCAGGUGACCCCAUUGGAGGAACACCGUCACACUGAACUUCAACCUGAACCUGAAGCCCUUUCCAGUGCUCCUACACUACCCUCCACAAUCACAGUACCAGCUACCAAGGCCACAGACGUCAGAGAGCUCUCAAUCAAUGACCACACAAACACAGCCGCGUCCAUGACGACGGAUCCCAGCAGGGGUGAAAUUCCGAGCGGCCAACAGGAAGUGGAAGAUGAUGCUGUGAUGAGCCGUGCUGUUUCGGAAGGCUUUGUGUCACCCCCAGACAUCAAGUCACCAGACAGGGAUGCAAUGCCAGUUAAUGAGCCUCACAGGGACACUGUGGCACCACUUAAUGACCAUAAUAGGGGUAGUGUAGCGCCAUCUAUGGACCACAAGCGAUACACUGCAGGGAGCGGGAGCAGUAGUCACCCAAGACCUGAUGUGGCUGCAGCGCACCCUGUAGAGGACACAAGUAACAGUAGCGGCAUGCAGGAGUCUUCUGUGACCUCCGAGGGCAGAGGUCAUGACCCUGAGAGGGCUCUGCAGGUCUCCGCAGAGCUCCGCUGUCACCACGACGACCCCUUUGACCCCUGUGACGCCUCCUCCUUCAACAUGGUGUCCGACUCACAGCUCAACGACCUCAUUAGCGUGAUGGAGAUGGAGGACCAACGUGGCCCAGAAUCCUUUGGGGCGGCUGAGGACGCCACCGAGCUGGUGUGUGGACUCAUCACCGAGCUCUCCUCUCUCAAUCGCAGCAUCAUGGCGGCGCACAGGGAGCUGGAGAGUCUUCGCCGUGGCAACCGGACGGCCAGAACACCUCAGCGCCGCCCCUUCGCCCAGCGCCGCCCUGACGCCACCCCUCCCUCCUCCUCUUAAUCACUCGCUGGCCCAUAGCCUUUCAACUAGCUCCGGGCCACAGCCAAUCACGGCCUCUCUUGCUGCUAUGUUGAAGAUGGAGUGAGCGCCCGCGGUCAUGAUGGCACAGUGCUGCUUAUGCUGGGCAGUGCAUAUGCACACUUUACCAUUUCAAUGCAUUCUGGUUAACCUACAUAGCAAAAGCAGCACUGCUCCAAUCAAAAAUGAGCCCAGAUUGUGUGUUUGUUUUGUUAUUGGGGGUUUUUUGUAGCCAAGCAUAGUAGUCUUUAAAAUGUAGGUUCAUUCAACCUCUGUUUACCUCAGGUUAAAAAGUUAAUCUGUGUUCAAUACCCGUUCAGAACGUUUAAUUUCCUAUCUCUAAAUGUGAUAUCUUUUUGAAGCAAUGUUGAAUUGUAUAAUUUGAUUCUGAUUAACUUCAAUUCAGUUGACCACCUUCUUUGUGGUAAAGGAUGAAGCCUGCUCAAAGUCUUGUGGUUAAAUGUUUCACAUGGAGCAACAAAUAAAAAUGACACGUUUCACAGGA